CCAAAAAAAAAAAUCGCAAAGAUUCAUGUGCCCAACUCCACACGUAACCUCUUUCUCCCUCCAAAACACAUAUGCAUGCGCUUCCUAAAUUAUUCACGGGAUUCUUAUCGGACACACGAUCGAAACGAUGUGAAUUCACACAGCACGGCAGGAAAUCGUUUACAGGGAAUUAUACACUACGAACCGUCACUCGGAGGGUUGUCUGGUGCGCGAUAACCUACCGGCAGUCGGAGGAACUCCCUAAGAGAUUUUGACUAUGGAGAAGGAUGAAAUUUUCAACUGUGAAAUCAAAUUGAGAAAAAGCCCCGUGAGGCAUAAAGAGAAGGUGUAUGUUGGUUGCGGGGCUGGUUUUGGCGGUGAUAGGCCAUUGGGUGCCCUCAAAUUGCUUCAACGGGUCCCGCAUUUGGACUAUCUGGUUCUCGAAUGUUUGGCAGAACGUACUCUUGCAGAUCGCUAUCAAAUAAUGAUGUCUGGUGGUGAUGGUUUUGAUUCUCGUAUUUCGGAAUGGAUGUCGAUGCUUCUUCCUUUAGCUGCUGAAAGAGAAAUCUGCAUAAUUACGAACAUGGGUGCAAUUGAUCCACUUGGAGCACAGGAAAAAGUCCUCAACAUUGCAAAAAAUCUUGGACUUUCAAUAAAGGUUUCUGUGGCUGCUGAAUUCACUCGACUUGAAUCAGGAUUGUCAAUGUCAUGUUUGAAUACCAGUCCUGCUGCAGAUGGUUCUAGUACAUAUCUUGGAGCAGCUCCAAUAGUGCAAUGUCUAGAGAGACACAAACCCCAGGUGGUAAUUACAUCAAGGGUUGCUGAUGCUGCCUUGUUUCUAGGUCCAAUGAUUUAUGAGUUGGGAUGGAAUUGGAAUAACUUCAAUGAGUUGGCACAAGGAGUGUUGGCUGGGCAUCUUCUUGAAUGUGGUUGUCAGCUUACUGGGGGAUAUUACAUGCACCCUGGGGACAAGAAUCGACGUUUCUCUUUUGAGCAGCUUUUAGAUUUAUCACUGCCAUUUGCAGAAGUUAGCUUUGAUGGAAGAGUUUGUGUGGCUAAAGCAGAAAAGAGUGGAGGUACCUUAGAUUUUGGUACUUGUGCACAACAGCUGCUGUAUGAAGUUGGAGAUCCUGGUGCAUAUAUUACUCCAGAUGUGGUUGUAGAUUUUCAGGGUGUUUCUUUCCAUGCCUUGUCGAACGAUAAGGUUCUCUGUUUCGGAGCAAAACCAUCUCUUGAUAAAUUUCCAGAUAAGCUACUUCAGCUGAUUCCAAAGGAUUGUGGAUGGAAAGGCUGGGGAGAAAUAUCUUAUGGUGGUUAUGCAUGUGUGAGACGUGCAGAAGCUGCUGAGUUCUUGGUCAGAACAUGGAUGGAGGAAUGCGUUCCUGGGGUUCAAGAUCAUAUUGCUUCCUAUAUUAUUGGUUUAGAUAGCUUGAGGGUGUCAGACAUUAAUGAGCAUGACUCAUAUAUAGAACAUGUUAAGGACAUAAGACUAAGAAUGGAUGGGCUCUUUGACUUGAAAGACCAUGCUGUUCACUUUAUCAAAGAGUUUGAAUCUCUUUAUACAAAUGGACCUGCAGGAGGUGGUGGAAUCAGCACUGGAUGGAAGAAGGAAAUAAUUCUUCAAAAACAAUUAGUAGACCGUGAACAUGUCUUCUGGUUCACAAAUGCUAAACGUUCUGUUCCUUCAGAGGCGAGGGAGGCUCAUUUGCCUGUUCCACGUACGGCACACAAAUCAUUUGGGCACCAGACUGAUGAUUAUGUAGAUAGAACAUCAAAUUCAAUGCCCAGCUCUCUUCUUCAGACUCCACAGCCUGCACCAGCUGGCCAGAAAAUUCCUUUAUAUCAUGUGGCACACAGCAGGGCUGGGGAUAAGGGCAAUGACUUGAACUUCUCCAUCAUUCCACAUUGUCCUCAAGAUAUCGAGAGGCUGAAGAAGAUAAUUACACCUUCAUGGUUGAAGCAUGUGGUGUCGUCCCUUUUUGUUGCCUCUUCUAUAUGUGCAGGUCCUAAUGGUAGUAAGAGGGUACAUAAUUGGGUUGAUGAGCAUGCCACUGUUGAAAUCUAUGAAGUCAAGGGAAUCAGUUCACUCAAUGUUGUUGUCCGAAAUGCUUUAGAUGGUGGAGUGAACUCUUCACGGAGGAUUGACCGUCAUGGAAAAACAAUCUCAGAUCUGAUACUAUGUCAAAACGUUGUCUUGCCUCCAUGAUCUGCUGAUAACAGUUGGUAACAUGCAAACAUUAGUGUGUGAUAUGUUUAGAUUGUAACUGCUAAUUACUGUACAAGGAAUUAUGAAAUUUCUCCUGAGCCACCUUGUAUUUUCUA